AUGUAAUCUGUGGUUUUACAAUAUUGGGCGUCACCGUCAAGGAUCCGUUGCUUGCAAUUUUCAGUUUCUAACUGUAUUACGGUUAAUAGAAAUUUAUAUUUUAGUUUAACUCUGUUAUAUUGUGAUUGAACAUAGUAAACUGCCAUCAUAGAGUGCUAUGAAAAUUCAAUAUCAAGAAAUUAAAAAGAGGAAAGAAUAAAGUCCUUCAGUCGAUAAGAAGUUGUAGCAUAAAAAUAACAAGAUGCAGACUAUAAAAUGCGUAGUGGUUGGUGAUGGAGCUGUGGGUAAGACCUGCUUGCUCAUCAGCUAUACAACCAACAAGUUCCCAUCAGAAUAUGUGCCAACGGUUUUUGAUAACUAUGCUGUAACUGUCAUGAUUGGAGGUGAACCAUACACCCUGGGUCUAUUUGAUACUGCAGGUCAGGAAGAUUAUGACAGACUCAGACCUUUAAGUUAUCCACAAACAGAUGUUUUCCUUGUAUGCUUCAGUGUAGUCAGCCCCAGUUCAUUCGAAAAUGUUAAGGAAAAGUGGGUCCCAGAAAUUACUCAUCAUCAACAAAAGACACCAUUCUUGUUGGUUGGUACACAGAUAGAUUUAAGAGAUGAUCCAGCUACAAUGGAAAAAUUAGCAAAGAUUAAACAGAAGCCUGUCUCCCUUGAGCAAGGCGAGAAACUUGCAAAGGAGUUAAAAGCUGUCAAAUACGUGGAAUGUUCAGCUCUUACUCAGAAAGGGCUGAAGAACGUGUUUGACGAAGCUAUUUUAGCAGCUUUGGAACCCCCGGAGCCUGUCAAGAGAAGGAAAUGUGUUGUGUUGUAAAGUGAUGCAACAAAUAUUUAAUUCAUGGCAUACUGCCAAGCGAUCCUUGUGAUUGUGCGACCCAUAUAAGCUACCAUUUGUAAUGUUAAUCUUAUUUUUAUAAUGAUUACUAUUGAUAUGAUAAAUAUGCCAUAUGUUUAAUAACUAGCCAGGCAGUAAAAUAAGUCUUGAGCAUCUUAAUUUGGGCCUUUAAUCUUUUAAAUAUAUUAUGAAUAAAAAUUGAAGACAUUUUCUUAAAAUGUCGUAUUGUGUGGGUUAUAAUAUCAAAGGUGGCAAAAUCUGUGCUCUUAACUAUCAAGAAGUUGUAAUUACAAUUAAAGGGUACAGGGGCAAAACGUCUUAUUGUUUUGUAGUUUUAUUGAACUCAGUCUGUCUUUAUUAUUAUCGCAAUAUACAUCACAAAUAAAACACCUUGCUUUACAACCUUAAUUAACUAUCUUGUGAAAUGCCUUGUUUUGCCCCUGUUGUGAGUCUUUUGUACUAAUGAUAUAAGUAAUCUAGAUAUUAAAAUAAAAUUGAAAAUUAUUCAAUAUUUUAUAAAAAAAAAGGUUUAAAGUCUAGGUUUCCCUAUUCUCUACACUUUUAAGGUCUACCCAAACAUAUUAGGGUCUGAUAUAAAUUACUUGCGGUUGCAUGUAUAAGUGUGUACAAGUUAAAAAAAAAUAUUUUGUUAAUGAUUUGUUUCUCAUAAGCAUCGCCAUAUGUUCUGAAACAUACCCUGAUAGAUGCAAUGUUUUGUCAGUGGCUCACUGUGUUUAAACUCAGAACUCACAAUUUAAACUGAAAAUGAUAAGUGUCAUCACAGUGAUCAGUUAGAUGGCAUAGAUAUGGUGGAGUAGUGCAUAUAUAUAUCCUGAUAUGUUUGAGCAGUUACCUCUAUCUCAUCAUAACACUGCAUUCCUAAUAAUAUAAAUUUAAACUGACAAUAUUAAUAUUAGCUUAAAAGCUUAUAAGUAGGCUUAUCAAAAUAAUAAAUAAAUGACAUAUUGUUUACAAAUCUCUUUAAGAAGCUUAGUGUAGGGUGUUGCAAUUUAUAGCAACCGUUAUAACUUAAAAAAAAAAAAGUUUGAAUAAUAUUCAUCUAAAAUGCACAUUAUUUAUCAAACUGAAAACCUCUUUUUAGUGCAUAAAAAGAUUAUUUAUAUAAACUUCUGUUCAAUUUGAAAUAAAUAUGAAAAUACAUUUCACCACAAAAAGGCGGCCUUAUCGCUAAAAAGCGAUGAUAUUAUUCAACAAACAUCUUAAUCAAGUCAGACUGAAUGGGUUGUUGCUGUUUUUGAUAUUAUAAAAAACAGUUAUUAAUAACAAUUUUAUAAGUCAUUUGUACCUAUUAAUAACAUUAUAAAUAUAAAACCAUUUUGUACUUCACAAUAUUUAUGACAGUUGGUCGUUAAUAAAUUAUUUAACCAUUAUUGUAUUAUGGAAUGGUUAACAUGCUUUUAAUAAGAAGACUUAUCUGUAAUUUUAUUUAUUAAUUUUAUGUGUUGUUUGAAUAUUUAAACUACUUUAUAAAUAUUCGUAAGAGGCGGAGCAAAUUAAACAUUUUUAACUGAUGUCUAUGUUUUAUGUACAGCAUGAUAUUUCACUUAAAAUAGAUUUCCUGAUGAUACAAUUUUAUUGCUGUUUUUACUUUACUUAUUUUAUUGACUUUACUGAUUGUUUCGCCUCUUAUCAAUACUUUUGUAAUUGGUGUUUUGCGUAUUUGUUAGAUAUUACCAUAUUAAUUUUCUUAAAUAUUCAUCGAAACGAAUAUUUGAGCCAAUGAAAUUAAUGAUACAGCUUACAAUAAAAUAUGUAUCACUAAUAUCAUUGUGAGGUUCAUUAUACAGAGUAUAUUAUGGUGUGAAUAUCAAUUAUUAGAUUAAAAAACUAGAGGAACUAGCAUUUUUAUCACAAUUUAUUGCGAUGCGAAUUUUGACUGAAUUCUAUGUAUUCAUUCCAUGGAAUAUCUUGGCAUUUUAAGGAUUCCGUUUCUCGUAAUGGGAAAAUAACUAAAUCACAUUGUAGUCCGCCUGUCUGUCUUACCCUUUUAUGCCAAGAGCCUUUUUAUCAGAGACUGCCCAAGGGAUCAAGUUGAAAUUAAUAUCUUAUGAAUACUAGGGCCUGUCGCCUGUACAACUACUGUACAGCCUUUCUAAUCAUAUUUUACAUCUACCUAACGAUUUUUAAAUGUGAAAAUAGCAUGAGGUGAAUGAAAAAUCGAUUUCAUGCUCAUUGUGGAAUUUAUUUAACAACUUUGCGGUUUCGCACAUACUAUACAAUUAAUGACGGAUAUAUUUUUUGCAUGAACACAUUAAUUAUUUUAAUUUUAUUAGGGUUUAGCUCCUUGACCAUCACAAGAGUAUUUAAAGAUGAUUGUUAGCAGAUAACAAUGGUACACAUUUAUAAACUAAAAGUGAAAACGGUAUUAAAAAAUAUGAAAUAUUUUAGGAUCUUAAAAUGGAUAUUAUAAAUGAUCUGAUUGACUCUCCAAGCAUGUCAACAGAUAUUAACAAGACAGUUGUUAAAGCAUUUUACGAUAUACAGUUUUUUUAACAACCAAGCAACACAUGGCUGUUUGUUAUAAUUUCAGAAUAAAGAAAUAAUAAUUGUAAGAAUAAUACGUGCGAAACUGAUUAUUUAGGUUUUUAGUGCUUCACCUACAAAGAUGACACAUAUGAUCACAAAUGCUAAUGUUCAAUAAAAAUCAACUAUAGACAAAUGUUUUCAAUAAUUGCACCAAUUCAUAAAUGCUGGUACAGUAAUACCACUUUUGUAAGUUACACCAUUGUACCUGCGCUGAAGUCUUAUUUUUAAAUCUUCGAAGACGAAAAUAUAUCAGCCAAUCACAGCGCGCGCUUUCUAUGAUUGGUUGUUAAAUUAGUUGCCCGCGCGCCAUUAAGUCCGCUGCGGUGUAGCGUACAAAAAAGCGCUAGUCUCUGUUGGUCUUAUAAUUUAAAACUUAAUCUAAAGCAAUAAAGCCUGUAUUUUAUUGGCAUUCACACUCGCGUUAAGACGGUCUUAGUUUGCGCUUUUCUGUGCAAACGAAUUUUAUCGAAGCUACUUCUAAAAGUUGUAAUACUGUACAAAACUAUAAAAUAUCUAAAUGAAACAGCCCUAAACAAAAGAAAACAAACGUGAAAGUAAAAAUACAAUAAUGAAAGAAAUUGGCGCAUUUCAACUUCAAACCAACGGUCCAUCUGAAAAAGAGUUUACGCAAAGAAGGAAGAUAUCUAAUACGUAACAUCAACCAAGUUUCUUCAAUUAAAAACUCGCGUAUUAAAGUAAAUGCUUAUGAACAGAGAUCACUGAUGCCAUUUUCACUAUCAAGUCAAUGCGUAAAUAAAUAACGCCUAAUCUAAGGUGAUUCUUAGAUUUCCAUAAACCAUUUACCAAUACCUAAUUAUCACCUAGAUUUGAUGUUUUUUUUUCUAUAGACAGCGCCUUAACCAUUAGGCAUUCGAUUUAGGCGAUGCCGAGGUUUAACGAGAACGGGCAUGAGACUCCUUUAGUACGUAAGUCUAUUCCAUAACUGAAAAAAAAAAUUCAAUGGAAAAUGAGAUUAGUAUCAACGAAUCCAUCCAAGUGCAAGCAAUGUUACUAUACUACUCACUAAAGAGGUAAAUUACAGGCUCACUAGAAAUUACUGUUGAGUGAUUGUAGUAAGUAGGUAACUUCAUCAAUAUGCGACCUACUAAGAAACCCUUUGAUUUCGUUGACACCAUAAACCUUUCACUUGUAUACCAUGCUGAUUGCAUCUAAUAUAAACUGAUAUUUCGGAGUAUACCACUUCGUAUUAAAGUCUAUUUUUGCUUAACGCAAACAAUUUUUUUGUUACUUUUAGAGUAAAGUUUGUUUCGUAAAGAAAAUCACAUUCUAUUGUGUUUUUACUAAUUUUAUCGCAAUUGUGUUUUUUUAAUAUUUUUAAAUCAUACUUUACACUACAAAGUAAUGAAAAGAUUAUUUACAUUAUAAGACAAGUUGAACUAAGAAAAAAUUGAUUUUUGAUGUUAUAAUUUUUUUGGGGGGUCCCGUACCUCAUAAUGUGAGGAUCAGUUUUUGUUAAUGUCAUUGUAUGUUAUACUCACUGACUGAUUAUCAAAUAUUACAUAUUAUCUUGAAUUGAUAAAUGUGGCAUAACAUUGGAAUAAUUAAAAGUGUGGCAGAACAUAUAAGUACUCUGAUUUUAUGUUAUUAUUUAGGCCUUAAUUAUAUAGAAUGCGAAUCCUACGCAGAGUUGUCCAUUUUUAGCAUUCAAUUUUUUUUGUAUUGUAUGGAUAUAAAGAAAAUAGUAAGUCUAAUAUAAUCAAAUCUAAUGCGUAUUUAGGGUACGGGACCCUCUCAAAGCACAAGUUCAACUAACUUUCAACUCGACCGCAUUUUUUAUGUGUGCAAUGCGAUCUUGAUUGUAGCAAUGGAAUAUGUUAUCGCUUGCGUUUGUAUUAUGCAGGGUGAUGUCCCGGAUUUUUAUACUCUGUAUAUUCUGCUGCCUCGACACAAAGUAACGCACAGGGACUGUAUAAACCGCGCUAUUAAAGACGAAAAUUUAAAACAAAACAAAAAAAUACCGGAAAUUCGACGGAACGGAGGGUCAUAAAAAAUGUUAAGCAUAUUUUUCAAUUUCGUCUUUGGGCUCGGUAUUCUACCAUUAAGCUUGGUAUCCACUACGUCCGAGGCCUAAUUCGCUGCGCAUAUCUGCGAAGCGCUCAAAUAGUGGUUACGUACGUGCCUUCGGUGUAAGUGAUAAAGUUAACAAACGUCGCGUCGUCUCAACGUAAAUCUUUAAUUUUAUGGUUCUGCUAUACAGGAUUACAAAAAUGUUGGUUAUCAUUACCUAAUCCUGUUAUAUAAACAUUAUGUAUCUAAAUUUUGUUAGGAAAACGUCAGUUUACAAAUAUGGACAGAAUUUAACAAUACAAGCUGCGCCCCGCGAUUUAACCCGCGUUGAAUAUGUCGUUUGGAUUCUUUGUUAGGACUUGAAGCAAGGACGAUAUUUGGAAUGAGAAUUUUCGUCCAAAAGUUCUCUAGUACUCUUCGUCCUUUCAACUAACUCUAUGCCAAAAAGUCGAUGGGCUGCUUAAAUAGGUCGUUAAGGAAGAACUAGCAAAUAAACACAGUUUCACAUUUAUCUUAGUGGUAAAUGGUAUAACGGUAACAAAUGUUAAAUGAAGCAGCAGCACCAUAAUAUGGAAUGCAAAAAGGCAUGCUGUCACAACAAUACAUUGGCCGAUUAACAUAACGCUGAUGUUACUACGUAUGAUAAUUUUAAAAACUUACGCUCUGGACCAACCAGGUUACGCUACAAGACGAGCCAUCCACAUUUUUCUCGCGAAAACAGGAAAGGAAACCGUGGAGCGAAUCUUCGCAGGAAACGUUUUUAUUGGAUCAGUUUAGUAUACUUCGGAACAUAGUGGACGCCCAGAUUAGUAGCUAUAUUAUCAGCAUAAUAUUAUUUUCACAGUGGUAGGGCAUUAUCGCGUGCCUUGUCCAAUACUUUAUAAAUUAUGCAUGUACUCAAUAAUUUUUAUAUUACAUAGUUGUAAAAUGCAUUGCAUUUUACUCGGGGUCUCCGCUAUCUUAAACAAGUGUUGCCUACGGUCUUUAACUCUCUCACACACUCGGGAAGCUAAGUAAUAACAUAUGUGUGAAGAGUAUAGUGCGUGAACUCUGUCAUCCAAUGGGGUGACGAUUGGGUUGCACGAUUGCACGAUUGCAGUGCGGAGGAGUGCCCCCUCCACCCUCCCUCCCCCCGCGGUAAGCCGGCUUGACUAUACUCAAAGCGUAUAUAUGUCAAUAAGUUGACCUAUCGACGUUUGCAAAGUCAAAUGACAUAUACAAAACAUCUGCUUUUAAAGAGAGCGCACUAUUUUAAAAACCGGCGUAGUUGUCUUAUUACGUGACAAAAGUAAGAAAAAGAGGAAAUAUUAAUCAGAAUAAGUAAUAUUUCUAAUCAGCUACUGCAAUUAUCAAAAAAAUAAAAAAACCUUCAGUAACUUUUUUUUACUUGCACCCGUCGAUAUGCUCAUCACACAUAUGGUACUAGUACGCUACCUUGGUUUUUUCGGCGUGUGAGUGAAAAUACUUAAAAAUUACAAAACUUCUAUGAGCUAUGUAUUUUUUUAUUUCAUCAAGAGAAGCGAGAGGGAACUUUCCAACUUUUUAAAUAAUUAAACUUGAUUGGAUACUGGUCGAUUGUGAAACUUAUCGCUGUUAUGGACUGAAUUUAUUGAUAAAACUCUCUCAAAUUGUUAAUAAUUAGUAAUAAUAAUUUAGUCAUUAGAGAAAAAGUUCUAACCAAUCAAAAAGCAUUGCGAUUUCGACGUCUUUUUCAAUGUCAUUCUACGUCAAUCGACUCUGCUUUGGUUUGUAUGAAAGCUGCUGCGUUACGACAUUAUGUACUUUUUCAAUUUCAAUUUAUUUCAUAACUAGCAAUGUGUAUAACAAAUAACUUUGCGGACAGAGAGACCACUUCUUUUACUUAGAUUCUUAGAUCUAGUCCUAGAUAAUAUGUGCGGAUUUCGCUCGAAUUUAAGGGGUUUAACAGACAGCCCGAUAUUUGCGAAUUGACCCGCUUUUUAGCAGCCUUCGCUCGACUUGGUUCAAUAAAGCAGAAUACAAUCAUAA